AUAGCGUAUCGUAAUGGCAACACCACCUAAACGUAUGUGCUAUAGUCCUAUCUUUGAUAGCAGCUUUGAGAAAAGGUCAAAGAAGCUUUCCAUAGAAGGAAAUAUAGCUGCUGGGAAAUCCACAUUUGUUCGAAUUUUAGAGAAAGCCAGCGAUGAAUGGGAGGUUGUCCCUGAACCCAUUGCCAAAUGGUGUAAUGUUCAAACAUCUGAAAAUGAACAUGAGGAGCUGUCUACAUCACAGAAGAGUGGUGGAAACCUCCUCCAAAUGCUCUAUAAUAAACCCACUAGAUGGGCCUACACAUUUCAGAUAUAUGCUUGCCUUAGUAGAGUAAGGGCUCAACUGAAACUAAUAUCGCCUAAACUACGUGCAGCUGAGCAUCCUGUACAGUAUUUUGAGAGUUCUGUAUAUAGUGACAGAUAUGUGUUUGCUUCAAGCUUGUUUGAAUCUGGAAAUAUCAAUGAAACAGAAUGGGCAAUAUAUCAAGAUUGGCAUACAUGGCUUUUGAAUCAGUUCCAAGAUGAAAUAGAGCUUGAUGGGAUUAUCUACCUCCGAGUUACACCAGAGAAAUGCAUGGACAGAUUGCAAAGUAGGGGCCGAGAAGAGGAACAAGGAAUUGAACUUGAGUACUUGGAAAGUUUACAUGAUAAGCAUGAGAAGUGGCUUAAAAGAACAACACAGGUUGAUUUUGAUGCUCUCAAACAAAUGCCAAUUUUGGUUUUCUAUGUCAAUGAAGACUUCAAAAAUGAUAAGAUUAGUCAAGAGAUUUUGCUGGAAAAAGUAAAAGACUUUCUAUUCACACUCUAACCUUGAUGAUUCUAUGAAGAUCUAUAUGUAUAUAAUGAAUUUAAACCCUCUAUCAAA